ACUUUUAAUAUUAAAAGAUAAAUUAGAAAUUAUUCGAAUUAUGCAACAAAUAUAUUUUUUAGCUAAACAUCAUUAUGCUACUCAUGGAUUAAGAGAUUUAAAAAAAUUAAAUACUCAACAGUUUAAUGAGACAAAAGAUAAAGCUUUAUUUAGACCUUUUGUUAGUUUAAAAAAAGUACAAUCAAUUGUUGAUCCUCUAAAUACAAUAUAUUCAGAAUAUAGUUCAUAUGAUAAUAAUGUUUCUAGUAUUCAAAUUGAUGAAAGUAAUACAAUUAAACAAGAAAAAAUAUUAGUAAUUGUUUCUAAACAUUUAUCAGAUAAUUAUCUAGAU